AUGGCUCCAAAGGCUACAUGCUCUGCUCCAGAGAAGGUCAUCGAGGAUAAGGACAUUAUUCGUCAAGAACACCUCUUUGCACAAGAGGAAGUUGCAUCACACGUUGAUACAACUGCUGAAGUCCAUUUCCCACAGUAUGUUCGUAUCCAACGCCAGCGCCGCAUCCUCAUGAAGCGCCUGAAGGUCCCACCACCAGUCAACCACUUCUCACACACUCUUGACAAGAACAUUGCUGUUCAACUUUUCAAGUUCCUUGAACACUAUCGUCCAGAAACAAAGGCCGAGAAGAACCAGCGCCACAAAGAAGAAGCUGAUAAGACAAAGAAGGACCUCAAGGUUGCAGCAACAUGUUCAAAGAAGGCUUUAGUUCAAGGUAUCAAGAAUGUAACUGCAGCCGUCGAAUCUAAGAAGGCACAGCUUGUUAUUAUUGCUCAUGAUGUCGAUCCAAUCGAACUUGUCAUUUGGCUUCCAGCACUUUGCCGUAAUCUUGAAAUUCCUUAUUGCAUUGUCAAGAGCAAGAGCCGUCUCGGACAAAUUGUCGGCAUGAACACAUGCUCUGCUGUCGCUCUUACAGAAGUCAAGCCAGAAGAUCGCGCUGCUUUCACAAAGAUCGUAGAUGCAGUUAAUUCUGGCUUCCUUGCUCACUACAAGGAAGAAAUGCACAAAUGGGGUGGUGGUGAACUCUCCGAGAAGACAAUUGCUAAGCUUAUUGCUCAAGGAAAGCUUAAAGAAUAA